AUGGUUUACCAAUCCAUCAGCUUAUGCUCUUGUCACAACGAUGACUCUGGCUCGAAGCGGGACUCGAACUCUAAGUUUUAUAACCUCUCCUUCUACUUUUUUCCCACUCAAGGUACUCCUGGCCAACGUGAAAAGGUCGACUGGUGCAAAAGUCUAACGGACCCAAUGAUGCCGGUCACAGAUGAUGACAAUUACUACUACUUGUCGUAUGAUCAACGAAAACCUUGUCUAUAUCUUAUCGCCUACUUUGAGGAUCACAGAGCCAGGAUGUGUGUACCAAACAUCAUUGAAAAGCUGCGAAACGAUUUUGCGGCAGGUCUGACAAACGUCCGAUAUCUGAUCACAAAGCAUCAGCCUGGCAACGCAAGACAUUGCUUCCGAAGACACUUGCUUUCGUUCGCCGAAAGCCUGAUAAAGGUCUCCUCUCAAGUGCGCUCCUGCCGUGGAACUGCACCAAAGACCCUGCUUGAUCGCGAGUACCAGACAAAGGUGAGGAAGGACCUGUGCAAGAUUCAGAAGCGCCUGCUACUUGCUGCAAAACAACUCUCGAAACACGACAUGGGCUCCAAAUUACGAGAGAUGAACUCCAUCGUGCGACACAUGACAGAGCUUAUGCAAUGCGUAAGUUUGUUGGAUCAGUGCAACAUUGAAUAUUUCUGUUGA